AUGACUUCGUUAACUUCUUUUACUAAUCAUAAUAACCAAAGACGUUAUAAACGCGUUGGCAUUCAAGUUGAAAAGUUUGUCUUAUGGGUAAAGCACCCUCAACAUUGCGAUCCUGUUAAAGUUAAAGUACCAUAUCACGCAGAUAUUGGUGAUGUCAAAAAAGCCAUCAAAGAAGAAUUACGACCUGCUUUAGACAAAGAAAGUUUGGGUAAAGUAGUAAUACUUAGUCCUAAAAUUGGAAAACUCAAUCCACGUACUCUGGUUCGUCAAGUUCAACUAAGUAAAGACGAAAACUUAAUAGUCUAUGUGGAUAACGUUGAGACGCGACUCUUCUUGAAAACACUCACAUCCGACCGAGUUCCAAUACAAGUGAAUGCACCUUUAUGCCUUAAAAAUGACGAGGCUUACUUGAUCGUUGCAAAAUUAUUUGUCGGGCAAGCAGCACCUCAAGAAAUAAACAUAUUAAAAGAUAAUCUAUGUCCUUCUAGUAUUGAAAGUUGGAGUUCCGUGUUUACAUACCCCGCGACUAAAGAUUAA